AAAUAAAAGCGUUCGCGCGCUGAUAAGCAAAACAAAACCUAAGUAGCUGCUGCUGUCAAAAUAAAAGUAUUGAACGUACACACAACUCGUCACAAACAUCAUUUGGCGCUUGAACUGUGCACGUCGUCUAUGUUAUUUUUCGUACAAUAAUCAAUGUGCUUAUAAGUUGUUCGGUAUUCUCAGUGUAAAUAAAAAUAUAUAUAUUGUAAAUAUAUGCUUAGUUUGUGAUUCUCGUUUAGGUUGAAAAAGAAAAAUAACAAAAAAAAAAAAUUAAUAAUUUAUAAUAAUGAGUGAGAAAUUAAUGAACGGUAACUGCAAUGGCAACGGUAACAGCGAUGGCAGCAACAACAAAUGCAACGGUACAAAAAAGGAAGUACGCGUAUGGUGUGAUGGCUGCUACGACAUGGUUCACUUCGGACAUGCCAAUUCACUGCGACAAGCCAAAGCACUUGGCGAUAAAGUAAUUGUGGGCAUUCACACCGAUGAGGAGAUCACCAAAAAUAAGGGCCCUCCCGUCUUCACCGAGAAGGAACGGGUCAAGAUGGUUAGCGGCAUCAAAUGGGUGGACGAGGUGGUUCUCGGUGCGCCCUAUGUGACCACCCUAGAAGUGCUCGAUGAUAAUAACUGCGAUUUUUGUGUGCAUGGCGAUGACAUCACAAUGACAGCAGAGGGUGUCGACACCUAUCAUCUGGUCAAGUCGGCCAAUCGUUACAAGGAAGUCAAGCGGACCGCCGGCGUAUCAACCACAGACCUAGUUGGUCGCAUGUUGCUGCUCACACGGAAUCACUUCCGACAGGGUUCCGCCGAAUAUGAUAUCGAGAAAGAAGCAAAAAUUUUAAAACAUCAACCACUGCAAUCCCGUUUAGGUUCAUCGAACAUGGGUCAGGACUCGACGGCCAAGAGUCCCUGGACCGGAUGCAGUCAGUUCUUGCCCACAACGCAGAAGAUCAUACAGUUUAGCGAUGGCAAAUCACCAAAUCCCGGCGAUAAAAUUGUUUAUGUUGCCGGCGCUUUUGAUCUCUUCCAUGUGGGUCACUUAGAUUUUCUGGAAAAGGCCAGCAAAUUUGGCGACUAUCUGAUUGUGGGCCUGCAUACCGAUCCCGUUGUUAACUCAUAUAAGGGGAGCAACUAUCCCAUUAUGAAUCUGCAUGAGCGUGUGCUCAGCGUUCUGGCCUGCAAGUUUGUCAACGAGGUUGUUAUUGGUGCACCCUAUUGCGUCACAGAGGAUCUUGUGGAUCACUUUAAGAUUGAUAUUGUGUGCCACGGCCGGACGCCCAUUGCACUCGAGAAUGGAAAAAUUGAUCCGUAUGCAGUGCCGAAAACGCGUGCCAUUUUCGAGUUGCUCGACUCGGGCAACGACAUGACCACAGAGCGCAUUGUGGAGCGCAUCAUCUCGCAUCGCUUGGAGUACGAGCGCCGUAAUAAAGCCAAAGAAAAGAAGGAAAUUGAAGCAUUCGAGGCGCUGCAGCGACAAAAGCAAACGCAAAAGGCGGGAUAAAACCAGAUUUUAACCCAAUAGAUAAUGUCCCUUCUUUUAUAGUUACCCCCACCAUUUUACUCGUUUAGUUUAUUUUGUUUUUAUCGUUCUCAAAUACUAUUGCAUUUUGCAUAUUUGUUUUGUUUUGUGUUAAGCAAUUGAUAUAUUGCUGCGGGUCAUUACUGAUUGCCCGCCACACACACACACACAAACACACAGUUCUAUACAAACUUAUAUAUGUACACAAACAAUAUCCUAAAAUAGCUUAUGAAAAUCUAAAUUGUAUGUAUGUAGGUUCAAAAUUUGUAUAUUCGUUUACUAUGUUUUAGUAGCGAUCGCGUGUGAAACUCGACGAAAUUGUACGAAAAUAUAUUUUAAGUGAGAAUUAUGAAAAUAUGUAUAUGGAUUGCUUGAAUAUUAUAUUGAAACUUCUACUCGGCUAUACACGUGGAAAAGUGCGAAUAACUGUGCGGCAAAGAUGAGUUCCAAACAUAUUUACAGUCUUUGGUCAAGCGGUAAUCUCCAAAUAAUAAUGUGCUUGUUAAAUUUAUAAUUUCCUUAGUUCAAAUUUAUGUCUGCGUAUCAUAAUUAUGUCUCCAUGUUUAGUUUUACACAAUUAAGCGUAAUAUACUAUUGCCAAAAACAAUAAAAAUUAUUUAUAGACUUAA